AGCGAGUCUUAUUUUCUUAGCAUUAUGCACCUCCUAUGUGCAAGAAGAGAGAAUAUAGCAUGCAAAUUCAAGUUAGGAAGGAGGCAGGGCCAAUGUCGUGCCUUCCCCUUCCAAACAUCGAGCGUUGUCCAACGGGUCACCAGAUAAGUUCCGGAAUCGCCGUCACCAGCAUUCCCCAUCAUUCGCCAUCAACCUAAUAUUAUCACCCUGUAUACUUAUCUAUGAAAGUGUUGAGAUUCUCCUGGAUCUUCCGACCGAUAAUUUGGAUAAACAACCGUAUAGCUCGACGUACACACAUAUCUCCACGCCAUGAGACCUUUCCUGCAAAGGACAGAGUCCGCAAACCCUUCCCAGACCCUCAAAAGCCUCGAUCCUGACAUCUCCUCCUCAUAUUUCCUCGUCCGUCGAGCAACGAACGAUUCACCAGCCGCGUCUCCAGGGCUCCCAAUAUUCAUAACACCGUCCUCAAAAUCCCCUUCUGCGAAAUCGCACAAAGCGCCUAAGUCGACUACUUCGAACAGGAGCAAAGCCACGAAGACCAGGGGUAAUUCCGUUAGCUCCGCGUUGUCAGUCUCGAGCAAGUAUCGACAUAUUGCAGAAUGGAAUGAGAAGAGUAGUAGUGGCAUAAGUCCUGGCGCCGUGAGCCCAGUCUCAUUUGAGACUCAACGCCAUCCUGCGGAUCCGCCGCGGCCUCCGAAGCCAGGGUUGGAAUGGGUGUGGUUCCCAGAUGGGUAUUGGGCUGAACGAGAGGUUCGUGAUGGUUCUAGGGUCCGGCAGAGACAGGCUUCGUUGCCGAGACAGAAGUGGUGGAAUAGGUCGCCAGAUAAGUCUAAGAAAGGAUCGAUUGGGACUGAUGAUCUAAAUGUCCGCAAGGUCGAGGUACCGAAAAUCAAGAUUGGCAGUCUUACAUCUGGAAAAACUCGGAGUGCGUCGUCGGAUGGUAAAACAUUGUCUCGACAUAGUAGCAGAGUGGAGACGCUCGGUGGAAAGCUUGGUGGUUUCCGUUUUUUGAAAACUGAGACUGUCGCGACCACUUUGGAUCAGCCAAAUGAGCAACUCGGACUCUACUGCAGAACAAAGAAGGAAAUAAAGAAGCGAUUGCUAGCCCCGCGAACUCCAAAAUCAGUAAGUCCCCAAAUGUAGUGGAGGUGAUAUGCUAAUUUAAUGAAGUCCAGAGCGGACAGCGGGCAAACCACCGGUGGCAUUGGUACUCUUGGAUGGGGCUCACGCACAACCACAGUCCUUGAGGCCGCUGCGACAUAUCUCGAUCGGGUCCAACGUGAACGAGCAAAGAUGAGCGAUUCGAGCCCAACUUUGCACUCACCUGCUUCUCUAGAGGCUAGACCUCGCAAAGGGUUCGGUCUAGCUCCAUGGCAUCGCAAAAACUCUCACGAGUCGCUUUUGUCUGUUUCAAGUUCGGUACAUGA